AUGUCACCUCGAACAAUAAUUGUUACCGGUGCAAGCCGUGGAAUCGGUCUUGCUAUUGCUCAGAAACUUCUGAGGGAAAAACAUAAUGUGGUGCUUGUAGCUAGGACUGCAGAACCCAUGGAAGACUUGAAGAAACAGUAUCCAGAGCAGGUUGAAGUUGUUGUUGGGGAUUUAAGUGAUUUUAAGAUAGGACCACAAGCCGUCGAAACCACCAUCAAACGGUUUUCCAAACUCGACAGUCUAAUCAUCAACCACGGGAUUCUAUCUCCAGUAAAACGCAUAGCCGACAGCACUCCCGAAGAAUGGCGUACCCUCUUUGACGUCAAUUUUUUCUCUGCCCUGGCAUUUAUAACUCCAUCAAUUCCUCAUCUCCGCACCACCCAAGGCACCAUCUUACUCACCUCCUCCGGAGCUGCCGUCUCCGCCUAUUCCACAUGGGGACCCUACGGCUCCUCCAAAGCCGCUCUAAACCAUCUCGCCCAGACGCUUUCAGCCGAAGAACCACUGAUCACCACCCUGGCCAUCCGACCAGGAGUCGUCGACACCGACAUGCAAAAAGAGGCGCGCUUCCAUAGUACCAGCGGAGUAAUGGACAAAAAAGAUGCAGAUAAAUUCAUCCAAUUGCACGAAGGUCGGAAAUUAUUGAAACCAGAGCAGCCUGGAGAUGUCAUGGCAGGAUUAGCUGUUGACGAGAAGUUGAGGGAAGAAGGAUUGCGUGGGAAAUUUCUGAGUUGGGAUGAUAAGUUAUUAGAGAAGUAUCGAGAUUAG